AUGGGGUGUAGAGAUUCGAUCAGCAAUUUGCCAGACGAGAUUCUUGGCAAAAUCCUGUCUUUACUUCCGACAAAAGAAGCUGCUUCCACAUCGGUUCUGUCAAAGAGGUGGAGGAAUCUACUGUGUCUCGUAGACACCAUUUGGGUCGAUGAGUCGAUGACUGUGUAUGCCAACGGAGAAGAAGAAAUAAGAGGGUUACGUGGUUUGAUUGAUUUCGUAGACAGGACACUUGCUGUGUUGAGCAAAUAUUCUCCCAUCAUCAAGAAAUUCUCAUGCUCUCUGCGUUCUAUACAUGGAAAUGAAUUCUAUGUGAACCCUUGUGUCAACCGUUGGAUUUGGACUGCUAUUGAACGCGGUUUAUUGGAAUUACACUUCCACGCCUCACCACCGUGUGUUCUAGGGUUAGAAACUAAUUUCUUAACGAGUAACACACUGGUUAAGCUCACACUAUCUGGUAAUUUUAUUCUUGAAGCCGAGCGUGUGUUUCUCCCAGCGCUCAAAUCACUCACUCUCUUAGAAGUUAUGUUUGAGUUUGACCACUAUUGUCGGCUCGUAUGGGGCAGCCCCUCGCUGGAAGAGUUACACAUACGUGAUGGUGAGGCACGGCUAUGUCGCGGUAGGGAUGUGAAUAGUGCAUCCAUUAAGCGACUUGUGGUUUUUACCGAUCAGCCAGACCUUCAAGAUGCUCACGAUAUCGUUUUUUUUGAAGCACCAAGUCUUGUCUACCUUGACUACUCUAGUUAUGUCUCGGAAGAGUAUCAGUUUACUGAUUUGGAUUUGCUUGUCGAAGCCAGGCUGAAUAUCAAAUUAUGGGUGUCAACCAACGAUUAUGAUGAUUAUGAUGAUAGUGAUGAUGAUGAUUAUUAUUAUGAUGAUGAUGAUGAUGAUGAUGAUGAUGAUGAUGAUGAUGAUGAUGAUGAUCAUGGUGCUAAACCAAAGGCUAUAUUUGGUGAUGUUACGGGUCUAGUUGCGGGUAUAGUCAAUCUUACGACCCUUCACUUGUCUCCUGAUUCCCUCGAGGCGUUUCAUUUCUGUUGUAAAUCCAUGCCGGUGUUCAACAACCUCCUUAAUUUAUUUAUUGAGAGUAACAAGGAAAAAGGUUGGCAAGUUAUGCCACUUCUGAUCAAGAGCUGUCCAAAAUUGGAGACUUUAGUCAUCAAGGGUCUUGUGCACAGAGUUACAAAUAGAUGCGGGGAUGCAUGCGCUUGCAUCCCUAAGAAGAAACAGGAGAAGAAGAAGAAGAACGUGGUGAAAGAGGAGGCAUCAUGUUGUUUAUUGACAUGUCAAGUGAAGGUGUUAGAGAUCUCAGAGUAUGGAGGUUCUCUUCAAGAGCUGAAACAGAUGGGACACUUCUUGGGCAAGCUGGAAUGUCUUGAAACAGUGAGAAUUGGUGUGGACGCGUCCGAGAGUAAGUUCUUGCGAGCUAAUGCAAUGGCUCUUCCCAGACUUUCAUCAAAGUGUAACAUCCAAUUCAUAUGA